AUUGGAUAAGGCCCGGAGACCGGAGUGCGGCAGCAUUGGCUGCAGUGGAUCGUGGCAGCUGCGCCCAUUGGCUGAGGCGGCCCCCGUGACGCGGGGUGGCGACCGGCUCCCCGGGUCUGAGGGGCUCCUGCUUGUCAGGUUCUAGAUAUGUGCUGAUUAGAAGGCUCAGUUGUAUAUUAAGGACAAGCAGUGCCUUACAAACAUGGGGUUUGGGACUGACCUGAAGAAUUCACAUGAAGCUGUGUUAAAAUUGCAAGAUUGGGAACUACGGUUACUGGAAACAGUGAAGAAAUUUAUGGCUUUGAGAAUAAAAAGUGAUAAAGAAUAUGCAUCUACUUUACAGAACCUUUGUAAUCAAGUCGAUAAGGAAAGUACUGUCCAAAUGAGUUAUGUCAGCAAUGUAUCUAAGUCUUGGCUACUUAUGAUUCAUCACACAGAACAGCUUAGCAGGAUAAUGAAGACACAUGCGGAGGACCUGAACUCGGGGCCCUUACACAGACUCACCAUGAUGAUCAAGGACAAGCAGCAGGUAAAGAAGAGUUACCUGGGCGUUCAUCAGCAGAUGGAGGCAGACAUGAUCAAGGUUACAAAAACAGAAUUGGAGAAAUUAAAAUCCAGCUAUAGACAAUUAAUUAAAGAAAUGAACUCUGCCAAAGAAAAAUAUAAAGAAGCUUUAGCUAAAGGGAAGGAAACAGAUAAGGCCAAGGAACGGUAUGACAAAGCCACCAUGAAGCUGCAUAUGCUGCAUAACCAGUAUGUGUUGGCAUUGAAAGGGGCGCAGCUUCAUCAGAAUCAGUAUUAUGAUACCACACUUCCUCUGCUGCUGGACUCCGUACAGAAGAUGCAAGAAGAAAUGCUAAAAGCACUGAAAGGUAUAUUUGAUGAAUACAGCCAGAUAACCAGUCUUGUUACAGAGGAAAUAGUGAAUGUUCAUAAAGAAAUUCAGUUGUCUGUUGAACAGAUAGAUCCUAGUACAGAAUACAAUAAUUUCAUAGAUGUUCACAGAACAACAGCUGCUAAAGAACAAGAAAUUGAGUUUGAUACUUCGUUAUUAGAAGAAAAUGAAAACCUUCAGGCAAAUGAGAUCAUGUGGAAUAAUUUAACAGCAGAAAGUUUACAAGUAAUGUUGAAAACUUUAGCAGAAGAACUUAUGCAGACACAGCAGAUGCUUUUAAACAAGGAGGAGGCUGUCCUGGAGCUACAGAAUAGGAUUGAAGAAUCUUCCAAGACCUGUGAAAAGAAGUCUGAUAUUGUGCUUCUGCUAAGCCAAAAACAGACGCUGGAAGAACUGAAACAGUCAGUCCAGCAGCUGAGAUGCACUGAGGCAAAGUUUGCAGCACAGAAAGAAUUACUGGAACAAAAAGUACAAGAAAAUGAUGGGAAAGAGCCGCCUCCAGUAAUAAAUUAUGAAGAAGAUGCGCGGUCGGUUACCUCUAUGGAGAGAAAGGAGAGGCUAUCCAAAUUUGAAUCUAUUCGUCAUUCCAUUGCUGGAAUAAUUAGGUCUCCAAAAUCUGCACUGGGCUCUUCAGCAUUCUCUGAUGUGAUCUCCUUAAGUGAGAAGCCCCUGGCUGAACAAGACUGGUACCAUGGUGCAAUUCCUAGAAUAGAAGCCCAAGAACUUUUGAAACAACAAGGGGACUUCUUGGUGCGAGAGAGUCAUGGGAAACCUGGUGAAUAUGUCCUUUCUGUAUAUUCUGAUGGACAAAGGAGACACUUUAUCAUACAAUUUGUUGAUAAUCUCUAUAGAUUUGAGGGCACUGGGUUUGUAAACAUCCCUCAACUUAUAGAUCAUCACUACACGACAAAACAAGUCAUCACUAAGAAAUCGGGUGUAGUUCUGCUGAAUCCUAUUCCCAAGGAUAAGAAAUGGAUUCUCAAUCAUGAAGAUGUCAUAUUGGGAGAAUUACUGGGCAAGGGAAAUUUUGGUGAAGUAUAUAAGGGCACAUUAAAGGAUAAAACUCCUGUGGCUGUUAAAACUUGCAAAGAAGAUCUUCCUCAGGAAUUGAAAAUAAAAUUUUUACAAGAAGCAAAAAUUCUCAAGCAAUAUGAUCAUCCCAAUAUUGUCAAACUUAUAGGAGUUUGCACACAAAGACAGCCUGUCUAUAUCAUUAUGGAACUGGUUCCAGGAGGUGAUUUUCUCUCCUUUCUGAGAAAGAAGAAGGAUGAAUUAAAACUGAAACAGUUAGUGAAAUUUUCAUUAGAUGCUGCUUCGGGCAUGUUGUAUUUGGAGAGUAAAAACUGCAUACACAGGGACCUUGCAGCAAGAAACUGCCUGGUUGGUGAAAAUAACAUCCUGAAAAUCAGUGACUUUGGAAUGUCUCGUCAGGAGGAUGGUGGCGUCUAUUCGUCUUCUGGCUUGAAGCAGAUUCCCAUUAAGUGGACAGCUCCAGAAGCUCUUAAUUAUGGGAGAUACAGUUCUGAGAGUGACGUGUGGAGCUUUGGCAUCCUGCUGUGGGAGACCUUCAGCUUAGGCGUCUGUCCCUACCCUGGAAUGACCAAUCAACAAGCACGAGAACAAGUCGAAAGAGGAUAUCGCAUGUCAGCCCCCCAGCACUGUCCAGAAGACAUCGCCAAAAUCAUGAUGAAGUGUUGGGAUUAUAAGCCUGAGAACCGCCCUAAAUUCAGUGAACUUCAGAAAGAGCUCACCAUCAUCAAGAAGAAAAUCACAUAGGGACAGGCCAGGCCCGGCUCGGCCUUCAGGAGCCCGUCCUCCCCAGGGAAGCGCUGCGGUUCACAUUAACAAGCAGCUGAUUCCGUGUUCCCUGCAGCCGGCUUCUAAGGUCAUUGUCUUUUAUUAACUAGAUUUCUAAAAAUACGUUCCACUCUAAACAAUGUCAGAAGCAAAUCUAUCCCAGAAGCAGCCCUCCUACCAAGGGCUUUCUUAGCUAGCCACCGCCAGCCUGCCACUUGGGGCCACUGUAAACAGAGCACAGGCUCUGGGCGUGGGAAGGACGAGAGGUCCGCCUUUGCACACCCAGGUCAGCUUGCGCCUCUCAGCGGAGUUCUACUUUGGGCACAGUUUGUGGGCCACCAGGCUCCAUCACAGACCCUCCUCGGUUGGUGCUGUAAGCCGCAUUGGGCCUGCCCGGUUUGCUGGAUGUGGUCCCACCACAGUUGGGCUCGUGAUCUGCCAAAGCAAGAUUCUCUCUGUAAGCGUAAUAUUGGGAAUUAUUUGGACCUCCUAGAGUUUUUCUUUGUUUUCCUGCCAGAAAUAGAAGCCCAGUGUGAAACUCCCCAUGCUCCCAUAUCCUUAGUAAGGUUGUCUUCCCUCUCUGUUGCCUGGGCAUCAAAACCCAGUGUGGCAAAUGGCCACAGCUGCUCGGCAAAGUGGCACAGAAUACAGGGAUGGCAGGUGGCAAGCCGGCGUGGCGGGGGCUGUGCAGAG